UACCGAGCUGGAAAAAUGCCCCUACUCAAACAUUUUAUUGUUUGGGGUUUUUUUGUUUUUGUUUUGGGUUUUUUUCUUCUCAUUUCGAAGUAGGAAGCCUUUUUUGGGGAAGUUGGUGAGUGAGUGAGUUGACUGAAAUUUUAGUAUACACUAUGAUAAACUUGGAAAAAGUGAAUUUCACCUAUAUAACAUUUUUUGUCCAAAUGUUAAUUUUGACCGACUAUAUAAUUUUCCCACAUCAGAAUACAUGUGAAAAUAUGAAUUAUGUGUAUGUUACAAUAUAUUAUAAAUUUUAUUGAUUUUUUUUUUUCAGUUGUAAAUAAUGCGCAUAUGGAUCUUGAUAAAUUUUAACAGAAAUGCAAAUAGAAUGUAAAUAUAAGAAAUGAAUUUCAGUCCUGAAAAUACAUGCGGGUAUGAACUGGAGCGUCUCAUGCCGGCAUACUUUUCAUUGUACUUUUUUUUCAGCGGCGAGUGACCAGUCCAAUGUAUCUGACAUAAAAUACCAUCUUCGUCCUUUAUAUAAAUUCGUUUCUAAGAAAAAUUUUCUAUUUUAAAAAAAAAAACAAUUUGUUAUUACAUAUAAGUAUAUAAAUGUAGGAACUCUCGUAGCUACGACCUUCAACGUCGUGUAUAACUGUCGUUUCAAUAACAGCAUGACAAUUCGUUUGAUCGAGUGUGCACAUUUUUGGGUAAGGUUCCUCCUAGAUUUCGUUGACACAGGUUUUAAUUUUUUUCUUAGCUACUUUGAAAGAAUUACAUAGCAUGACCAUCCAAACUCACUUUUACUGAAACCACACGGCCAAUCAUUGAGUGAAAUUCCACGCCCGAUCAAACAAAGUGGCACGCUGUUAUCGGAACAAUAGUAUAAUAUUGUGGGUCUAGAUUUGUGGCACUUCACCUACAUCUGGUUACGUUUCUGUACGAUAGUGAAAAAAAAAAUCUCGAAUGAGACAUAAACUAAAUCCAACUUAAUAGGGUUUUUAUCGACGAAUCUCCCGGCCAUUUAGUAUCGUUUGGAAAUAAUCACAAUCUAGAGCUGACGUGUUAACCUUGUCUCUAUACCAUGUGUAUCGAUUAUCUCAAUAUUCCACGACAAAGCGCGGCGUUUUACUGAUACAAUGUCAACAUGUUCUCUACAUCUGGCUUGUUGAUUUCUGCAUGUCUUUGGAAUCUAUUUCACAAUGUCUUACUGGAGAGAAUGUUAGGAGAGGACACUAAUGAAUUUAGCUUUGACGGUCUCCCCGGUGCUCAGCACGAGUUUAAAGUGGAGGUCGCGGCAAACCAGGAGGAGUGCUUUGUGCAAAGGGUUGCACAAAGUGCAAAUUUGCACGCUUCUUUUGAGGUUCUUCGAGGCGGCGAUCGUAUGGUAGACUUCACUGUAAAAGAUGGUCAUGACAAUACAAUCAAAGAAGUAAUUUAUAAAUCGGAGGGAAGAAUGGAAUAUAUAGCUCCAGUCACUGGAAAUGUUCAAAUAUGUGUUCACAAUAUUCACAGUAGAUUUUUGUCGAAGCUAGUGUACAUUUACAUAGUAACAAUUGUGGAGGAGGAAUGGAAAAAAUAUAUUGGCGAAAUAGAGGAACUGGACACAACGGUCCACAAUUUUACGACAUCCAUUUCAGAAGUUCAGAAGUCGAUAGACCAAGUGCGAUUGCAUCAGACGGCUAGUCGAAUGAACGUCAUCAAGGACUGGUACUUAGUGACCGGAAAUAAUACAUAUGUCAUGUACUGGUCCGUUUUUCAAAUUCUUUGUAUUUUAGCAACCUCUUGUUUUCAAAUAUAUUUUGUUAGACGGUUAUUUCAUAUUCCAAAUGUGACGUCUUCCAAAGCAAGAGCUUAACAAGAGGAGAAGAAGUUUUUGUAAAUCGUCAUCGUUAUCGGGAACUUGCUUAUGUUACUGCUGUACAUACCAACUACAUUUAUCGAUUUUACCAAAAAAGCAACCAUUGUGAAUUGUAAAUGAAAAAGAAAGAAAUUAA